AUGUCAAGUCCAGCAAGACAAGUCGGCAAUCGGAGGCUACCCCCGCUCCCCUUAAAUAAACGCGGGGCAUCAAGCCCACAUGCAAAACAGAACUAUCAUUUGAGGACAAACAACCCCUCACACGCUUCGUAUAUUGGGACGUCAUCGCGAUUCAGCUCACCGCACUAUGACAUGAUCGUCACUGGUCAAUCUACACCCUUAUCAAAUGGGUCGUCACGGAUACACCAUGGAAAGGGAAGCCAUUUUGGUGGAGACUCUCUGGAUGGAUCACCAGAACAUAUAUAUCCGGAACAGGUGAAAUCAUUUCUUAAUGACAAUCCAGCGUUUUUAGAAGACUACAUUUUAAAUAACGUCAAUCAAGAAGACUUAGAAAGAUGGAUGAUUCGGCGGGCGCAGAGAUUGUCAAAUGCAAAGGAUGCUGGGAGAAUUAAUAGUGAAAAUUCUCCAAGGAGGCUUUCAAGAUGGAAGUUUUGCGUUCACAAAGACAAAAGGAAAAUGUUACAAGAACUGACGAGAGAUAUCCAUCAACAUCCCAACAAAGCACAAGUGUUAAAUGAAUUAUCUGAAUGUAUAUCGUCAGCCAUCAGCGCAGACGGCACACAUCUUUAUUUAGUAGAUGAAAACAGAACAGAUCUUUACCUCUACAAACCAAGCAAUUUAAUUGACAAUACAGUGAGAUGGAAAAUAGAUAAAGGAAGUACAAUUGCAGGAUUUGCUGCCCACUCGUUACAAACAGUAUGCACUACAGAUUUCACAGGGGAUGCAAGGUAUCCUGUAGGAAUGGCAAUAGAUGAACCUAAUACAUUUUCCGCACUAGCAUUACCAAUCAUACAAUCAAAUGGAGAAUGUAUAGGUGUUCUGGAGUUCUUCAGAUCAGAAGGAAACUAUCCAUUCGGCGAGGAAGAUGAAGAGAUUGCGAGUAGUUACCUUGUGUGGGGUGGUAUUGCUCUCUACUAUGCCGAGCAUUGUAAUGGCAAACUAUUGGACAGAGAGAUGUAUCAAAAUAUGCAGAGACAGCGGAAACUCAAUGAAUUUCUCUUAGCUGUCACAAAAUCCAUAUUUCAAGACAUUGUCAGCAUGGAUACUGUGAUAAUGAAAAUUAUGAACUAUGCACAGAAAUUAGUAAACGCAGACAGGGCGUCUUUAUUUCUGUGUGAUACGAAAACAAAUGAACUUUAUGCAAGAAUAUUUGAUGUUGGAAACGGUGAAGGACCGCAACCUACAACAAAACAGAAAGAGAUAAGGUUUCCUAUGGAGAAAGGGAUAGCAGGACAUGUGGCCUCUACAGGAAGUACACUAAAUAUACCAGACGCAUAUCUGGAUGAGCGAUUUAACAGGGAUGUUGAUAUCCAGACAGGUUACGUUACGAAGACGAUACUUUGCAUGCCUAUUUACAUUAGAGGAAAUAUUAUUGGUGUGGUGCAAAUGGUGAACAAGAAAAAUGGAAAAUUUACAAAGUCUGAUGAAGAGUCGUUUGAAACUUUUGCAAUCUACUGCGGUUUGGCAUUGCAUCAUGCAAAGCUGUACGACAAAAUACGUAGGUCGGAACAGAAAUAUCGUGUGGCGGUCGAGGUCUUGUCUUAUCAUAGCCAGUGUACAGAAAGCGAGUUUGAAGCGUUACGAAUGAAACCGCUACCCGUGGCAAUGCCAGAAUUGAGCAGGUUUGACUUUUCACCAUGGGAUUUAGAGGAAGAAGCCAAGCCACUUUAUGUGUUGUGUAUGUUUAAAGAUUUAUUCGGCCUUACAAAGUUUGAUUAUGAGGAAGUGUGUCGAUUUACAUUGACUGUGAGAAAGAACUAUCGCACAGUUCCAUAUCACAAUUGGACGCAUGCAUUUUCAGUGGCGCAUGCUAUUUAUACGGUUAUUAAAGUGUCUCCGGAUGUCUUUGAUGAUUUGGAGUGUUUAGCUUUAUUUGUGGCAUGUCUUUGUCAUGAUUUAGACCAUCGAGGAAAGAAUAACGCCUUCAUGGUAAACAAUUCGACACCAUUAGCAGCCGUGUAUAGUACAUCAACAAUGGAACAUCAUCACUUCAACCAAACAGUCACAAUAUUACAGCAUGAAGGACACAACAUCUUUAGGAACCUAACUGCAGAGGAGUACAAAACGGUGAUUGGUGAUGUCAAACACGCAAUCCUGGCAACGGAUUUGGCGCUGUUCUUCGGCAAUAAAGAUAAACUUAAAGCAAUAGUUGACUCAGGGAAGUUCAAUUGGGAGAAUCCAGAACACAGAUAUUUAAGAAAUGCCAUUGCUAUGACCGGGGCUGAUCUUUGUGCCAACUCUAAGCCUUACCAAGUGAACAGAAAAGUGGUCACCGAUAUAUUUGAAGAAUUCUGGCAACAGGGAGACGAGGAGAAGAAUCAAGGUCGACAGCCUAUUCCAAUGAUGGAUAGAGAUCGGGCACAUGAACUACCAGCCAAUCAGGUUGGUUUCAUUGUCGGCAUUUGUCUGCCAUGCUAUGAAUUAUUAGCUAGAGUAUUACCAGGGUCAAAGCCAAUGAUGGAAGGCACAGCGAAAAACCUUCAGAAUUGGUCUGCACUUGUAGCAAAACAGAAAGCUGAAGAAGAAGCUAAGAAACUAAAAAUGAUAGAAGAGGCUGCGGAUCCAGUCGGGGUGAAAGAAGAAAAAGAAAAUGCGACAUAG